UAUCCCGCUUUCCGAUAGCUCUUGGGAUUUUGGCUUCACACCUUCAACCAUCCUCGACCUCGAGCUCCCAAUCCCCAUCUCCAUGGCCGCCACCGCCGCCGCCGCCGGAUUCCUCACCGUCCAUCCUCCUGUCCUCCUUCAUCGCCACUCCUCGCCACGCCCUUCAACCCCCCUUUCCCCCCUUCUCAGAAGGAAAUUAGCUCCAAUCCGCACGUCCCCGAGGUCCUCCUCUUCAGAGCAACGAAGCUCCUCUCCGGAUGAUCUGGAUCCUCCCAAAUCCUCUCCUCUCCACCGUGAUCCUGCCGGAUUCUCCUUUCUCCGUCCGCUCAAUCGCGUUCUCGAUGAAAUUAGGGCUGAUGGCAUUGGCUUGGAGAUUCUCAAUAUCGCGUUGCCUGCUGUUCUUGCUCUUGCUGCUGAUCCAAUUGCUUCUCUGGUUGAUACUGCAUUUGUAGGCCAUUUGGGGUCUGUUGAGUUGGCGGGUGUUGGUGUUUCAGUUUCGAUUUUCAACUUGGUGUCCAAAUUGUUUAACAUCCCUUUGCUUAACAUCACAACGUCAUUUGUUGCGGAGGAGCAGGCUUUGGAUGUUGGCAUGAAAAACAAUUCUUCGGAAGUAGCUAGAAGGGAUGAAAGUUUAAUUUCUGAAACUGGGUGGCAAAAAUUUCUGGGGGGUGGCGAUGUAGAAAGCAAGAAGUACCUUCCAGCUGUAUCAACGUCUAUAGCAUUGGCUGCUGGUAUUGGAAUUGCAGAAGCAAUAGCACUGGCCUUGUGCUCUGGGCUUCUUAUGAAUUUCAUGGGUAUACCUGUUGAUUCACCUAUGCGUGUGCCAGCUGAGAAAUUUCUUAGCCUAAGGGCAUAUGGUGCUCCAGCAAUAGUAGUAGCACUUGCAGCUCAAGGCACAUUUCGCGGAUUCAUGGAUACAAAGACACCAUUGUAUGCUGUAGGUGCUGGCAACUUGCUGAAUGUGAUACUGGAUGUCAUUUUGAUACUUCUUCUUGGUCUUGGUGUAGAAGGUGCUGCAAUAGCUACUGUGAUUUCUGAGUAUUUGAUUGCCUCUGUCCUCCUUUGGAAGCUAAAUACGAAAGUGAUCCUCAUUCCUCCAAAUAUUAUUGAAACCAGGAUUGUUCGUUACCUAAAAUCAGGUGGUCUUUUAAUUGGCAGAACCAUUGCUGCGCUUUUAACUAUGACAAUUUCAACAUCUAUGGCAGCGAGAGAAGGUCCUGUUCCAAUGGCUGGUCACCAAAUUUGCUUGCAAGUUUGGUUGGCAGUAUCCCUCCUCAAUGAUGCUAUAGCGCUUGCCGGCCAGGCUCUACUUGCUCGUGAGUUUGCUAGAGGAAAUUACAAGCAAGCUCGCCUUGUAAUAUUCAGAGUUUUACAGGUUGGUGCGGUAACUGGAAUUGCAUUGGCUACUUUCUUGUUCUUUGGGUUUUGUGCCUUUUCUGAGGUAUUCACCACAGAUUCAGCUGUCCUGGACAUUGCUCGAUCUGGAGUCUGGUUUGUCAGUUUUUCUCAACCUGUCAAUGCCCUUGCAUUUGUGUUUGAUGGGCUUUAUUAUGGCGUAUCAGAUUUUGCAUAUGCAGCCUACUCUAUGGUUUUGGUGGGACUCAUUGCUUCACUUUUCUUUCUGACUGCUGUUCCAUAUUUUGGUCUUGGUGGAUUGUGGACAGGACUCAUUCUUUUCAUGAGUUUGCGAGCAGGUGCUGGAUUUUGGAGGUUAGGAACCAAAGGGGGACCAUGGAAGAUGGUCUGGUCUGAGACAGAGGUCGGCUUGAUGGAAAAAUAAGAUAGCCCAAUUAAAAAUAUAUUGCUGGGAGGAUAGUUUGGGACUAAGAUUUGUUAGUACAGUACAUCUGACGCUCAGGUGAAUCAAUUGGUUUAUGGUAGAAAGGAAGUAAAUAUUGGAAAUGUACAGUAUGGGGCAGAAAGUAAAAGAUUCUCUGUUCAAUGAAUGACAAGCAAGUGCCCACAGAUGCAACUGUUAUCAUUAUCAUGGAUAAGCAAAGUCAGAUUCAUAAGGAGAAAUGCUCAUGAACCUACCACGUGUCUGUUGAUAAUCAUCUAUAGAUUGGUGCAGACUUGUGCUGAGACAGUGGUCCUUAUUGUGCAGUUGGAUAUAUUGCUUCCCAAGCUAACUUCAUCAAGCAGUACAAGAGGACAUUUUUUCCUUAUAUCAUUAAUGUAAAUAUUAUUUACUAGGCACCUGAUGUUAACUACUAUUUGUCUAUUAAUUGUUACAUUCAUAACGUUCUUUUUGACUCGAAUGAGCACAGCCAGUGGAGUGCUUAGGCGAAGUUAAAGGAAAGUUAAGGAAGCAGCUCCUGAUACUUGCGGUUGAAAUACUAACAGCCAGCCCUUUGCCGAUUGUUUCUUGCCAAGGCAAUGCAGCUGUUCUGUUUAUGGCCCUGGCAUUAUGAUAAAGGUUCAACGCCCACAUGCUCAGGUAAAUUUCUUACAUUCUUUGUCACACAAUCUAUAUUCUUGUUAUUGCAGCUGUAAAUUGGAGCAGGAGCAGGGCCAGAAAGGUAUACUCUAUAAUUUGAGCUUCUUUUGGUGGUGGUUGAUGCAGAACUAUGAAACUGAAGUAAAAGAUAAUGAAUUAUGAAUGCUCUACAUGUCUAUCCAUAGACAUCAACACCUGUCCAGGUCCACCCACCGCGGCAGGUGGUGGUGGCGACAAGGGAUCUUGCUCAUGCAUGGCUUCAUCAACAUCAGGAAUGAAUGACUCAGCGUCUGAUUGGUCCUGCUGCUUCACUACAAGGAUUGUAAACUUGCCACCAAAGUCCGGUGAUGCCAAGAAAGUCCCCAACAACUCCGAGCUCCGGGCAAUCACUCCAAUCCAUAAGACCACCCUCAGUCACCACAGAGUUCACUCUGUGUCUCAUCCCAACGAUCACCAAGUCAUAGUCCGCAUCAGCAUACUCUCUUAGCACUCCGACGAUCUCCUCCAUGUCCUGCACCAGCUGCUCACGGAACCGUGUAACAUCAAGACUGACUCCAGGAUUUGCCACCAUUCGCCCAGCAAUCGACAAGCUCUCCCUAUCAUCCUCUCCGCCAAAGUAAAACAAUGC